UUGAAGUUUCGAUCGAAAUGGUCAGAACUGAAUGGUGCAAUGGGUGAUUUAGGUACUUAUAUACCUAUAGUCAUCUCAUUAACAUUAGCCAAGGAUCUUGAUCUUGGUAUAACACUGAUAUUUACUGGUAUUUAUAAUAUUGUUACUGGUUUGCUUUAUGGUGUGCCGAUGCCUGUUCAACCUAUGAAAACGAUUGCAGCUGUUGCAAUAUCAUCGAGCAAUGAAGAUUUCGGUAUUCCAGAGAUAAUGGCGGCCGGAAUAUGUACAGGAGGGAUAUUAUUCGUUCUUGGCAUUACUGGAUUGAUGGGACUUGUUUAUAAGAUCAUCCCAUUACCUGUUGUUAGAGGAAUUCAACUCUCUCAAGGUUUAUCUUUCGCAUUGACAUCCGUUAAAUACAUUCGGAAAACUCAGAAUUUCUCGAAAGGGAAGACGGGUGUUGAUAGACAAUGGUUUGGGUUGGAUGGAUUGGUUUUAGCUCUUGUCUGUGCUGGUUUUAUUAUUAUUGUUAAUGGUGCAGGUGAAGAGGCAGAAAGUGACAGUCAUGAUAAAGAAGGUGAUCAAGUUGAUGGCGAUCAUACUGAGAAUUCUAAUAGGAGAGUAAGGAGUAAACUAUGGAAGAUCAUAUUCUCAUUACCUUCAGCUGUGAUUGUGUUCUUCUUGGGAAUAAUACUGGCUUUCAUUAGAGAGCCAGGAAUUACAAAGCAGGUAAGGUUUGGACCAUCUAGUGUAGGCAUUGUGAAGAUUUCUUGGAAAGCGUGGAAGCAAGGGUUCAUUAAGGGUGCAAUUCCACAACUACCAUUAUCAGUAUUGAAUUCUGUUGUUGCAGUGUGCAAGUUAUCGUCAGAUCUUUUCCCGGGUAAGGAUUUCUCAGCAACAUCAGUAUCAAUUAGUGUUGGUAUAAUGAACUUGGCUGGGUGUUGGCUUGGCGCCAUGCCAUGUUGUCAUGGGGCAGGAGGGUUGGCUGGGCAAUAUAAAUUUGGAGGAAGAAGUGGUGGUUGUGUUGCAAUUCUUGGUGCAGCUAAACUCGUGCUGGGUUUAGUUUUAGGAAGUUCACUAGUGAAAAUUCUAGCUGAAUUUCCUGUUGGAUUGCUAGGAGUUUUGCUUUUGUUCGCGGGAAUUGAAUUGGCCAUGACUUCAAAAGAUAUGAAUACCAAGGAGGAAGCAUUUGUAAUGCUUGUUUGCACAGCAGCGUCAAUUGGUUAUAAUGCGGCAGUAGGGUUUGUUGGAGGGAUCAUCCUUUAUUUGCUUCUUCAGCUGAGGAAUUUGAGCAAGGGUGAAAAGUCAAGUUUCAGAAAUUGUUUCAAUGGGAAUCCAUAA